AUGGAUCCCGUCGUAGGCAACGAGUCUCCGCAGCCGCGCACGACCACGACCAUCUUCAACUCUUUUCUCGGUCGCGGACGGCCGAGGAACCACUCCCAGUCCCACAACGCCGCCGCCGACCUAGGAUUGACGCUGAACACGAACACCAUCAACAACGCCGCCCGAGAACUCCCCGUCACCUCCCUCGCCGAUCCCGACAUCCGCGGUGACCCAGCGCCGCCGGGGACCACCCACAAUGGGCGUCAGCGACACAUGCUCCGUCGAAGGCGGAGCGCCAGCAACGUCCAGCCGCAGCCACCAGCCCAAGUGCAGACGCCGGGACAGGGAGGCCCUCCUGCCGUGCCGCCCGCUGCGUCGCAGGCCCAAGCACGCACGGCGCCCAUCCCAUCUGCCACCUUAUCCUCCCCGCAUCCCGCCACAGGUGCUUCGGCCGCUGCUGCCGCCGGGUCACCCUCGGGUACAGGACAUCGGCUUCGUCUCGUCCCGCACAUCGACUCGAGGCGCUCGCUGCGGUUCGAUCCCAUCACGCGGGAGCUGCGCGGGUCCGAUCCCGCUUUGCGGAUUGGCGGUUUCACAGAUCGGCUCAGCCCUGCGAACACGGACAGCCGGCCACACCAGAUCAAGGACGGCGACAUUCUCCAACUUGGCGUCGACUAUCAAGGCGGCGCUGAGGAUAUUUACAAGAGCGUCAAGAUCCGUAUCGAAGUUGGGCGCGAAUGGCAAACCCAGGCCAACGCUCAAAAUCUCCGCUCGUUGGGAGUGACCAGCGAUACGGAGGCAAGCAGCAAAGCUGCCACGUCUGGCAAGAGCGGGCCACCCCCAGUUGCCAGCGGGAUACCCGACUGCUGCAUCUGUCUCUUCCCUGUGCGGCUUCAUCAGGCUGUUUUCCUGGCGCCGUGCUCGCACGCGUUUCAUUACAAAUGUAUGCGCCCGAUGCGGACUCGCACCAUCCCGCUUUCAAGUGAGUCGUUUGAAUGUAGCAUCGGACUUUCCCUCAUCCCGAAUAGUUGCCCGCUGUGCCGUACUUUCGCUGACCUGAACGAGGAAUGGAGAUCGAUAACGAGGAAGAGGUGCGAUGAGGAAUUCGAAGACCCCGGGUCUUUCCCGGCUGAAGCUGCAAAGGACACUGUUACCGAGACCUCAACCCGCUUACUUCGCUUGCGGCCCAAGCGACGCUGCACCCGGGCAUCGUGCACACCACUCUCGGACAGAUUGGCGAGAUGGGAGAUUGUCGGUGAUGCGGAAGGUGUGCUGGCUGACGACCUCGAAGAAGCCGAGGAGGGGGACGAAGUCGAGGAGAUGUUCACUGGCGCUCGCGGAUGAUGGCGGGAGCGGGUGCGGGCGCGGAGACCCGAAGUCGAGGAGGAGGGUCCCUUCAGCAGGGAGGUGAGCCGCCCCCCAUGCUCCGAGUUCCGGGCGUGUGGCCGUGGCAGUCGUCUGACGUUUGACGCGUCACACGCCGGCCCCCCACCCUCCUCGUCAGUCACUGACUCUUGUAUUGGGCGUGAUCAGACGGCUCUCGAUGCACGUGGUGGCGGACGAGGAGGCGUCCCGGGCAGGACGUUCGGCGUCGGCGAUGGACGUCGAUCAUGACGGGGACUCGACCGGCGAAGGCUCGGCCUCUGGGUUCGGAGAGGGCGGGGUUGUGCAGGUUGCGAUGGGCAUGGGCAGCAAGCGGAAGCGGUAGAUAUGCGUGGGGAUAGAGAGCAGCAGCCGUUCGGGCUGCGAGAACUUGGAUUCAUGGGAUUGUUUACUUUACGACGGCGGACAUGUAUCUCUGUGAUGCGGGCGCCGAUAUUUUGCUUAAUGUCGCUUUCUUUAUUCUGUAUCACGGUCCUCAUGAGAGAGAUGUCAUGGAGCUACACGCAGCACUCUCGAGCUUACCAUGUGUAGCAUGCGAAACACCCGAGCAUAGUCCCUGUAAAAAGCUGCAGGCAGAAUAGACCGGUCGACGAUCACUGUCCGGCGCUCGCUGUGCGAUCCGUCCCUGCAUUUCAUGGGCCAUCCACCUAUCCAUCGGGCAGGUGCCUUAGUAAACGGCUCCCGCUCACCGGGCCGGACCUGUAUCCCAUGGAAGUAUUUUCCUGUCGAGACUCGAUUGAGACCCGUGGAUAUGAAAUUAGGCUUAUUUCCGUCUAUCUCUCUCCGCUGCGACCUUGAUCCGUACCACGUGAAGCCUGGGCAACUUUCAUCUCCGAGCGCAAGGUUCCUCAAUCGGGUUCCCGGCGGGACGAAAGGGAUUCGCUUUUCGAGUUGAGACAGAAACUGCAACGGACCCAAUAUUUACUCGUAGAUGAUCUCCCCCACGUUCUGAUCACACAGUUUCCAGAAUAUCGAUGGGAAAAUCCAGAACAUUCCCUUGUUGCACGUCGCUGAACAGCGGACUGACUGCGAUCCGUGCUUCGAGAAUAAUCAGGUCGCGGAGCACGCCACCAACUCUCCGCCUGGUCUGAUCGUGAUGGGGGAUACAUACGGUACCGUUCGCUCGAGAUACGAGCUUGACUAUUAAUGAUCCCGAACUU